AUGUUCCCACCUGCUAAAAGGAGAGGUGCUGAACUAGCUCGCUGGGAAAGAGCUGUUGAUUUCAUCAAUGCCAAUGAAUCGCGCAUUGCCACAGAAACGCGUGUUCUUCGUGGCGGACAAGAAUGCGAUGUUUGGAAGUGGAUUCCAGCGAAACGUUCCGGUUGGCAAGGAUCGGACACACUCUGA